AUGCUGUGCCUGUGCCUGUACGUACCCGUCCCCAACUCCGACCCGGUCGAAGUGGAGUAUUUCGAGUCAAACGGAUUACCUUCCGAGCUGAAGUCGCUCUUCAAGCUGAGUGUCCUUCUGCCUUCACAGGAAUUCUCAACCUACCGAAAAUGGAGAAAGAAAAUGGCAAAAACAGAAAAACAAGACUUGAAUGGGCAACUGGACUUUGAAGAAUUUGUUCACUACUUGCAGGACCACGAAAAAGAUCUGAAACUGGUCUUUAAAAGUCUGGAUAAGAAGAAUGCUGGUAAAGCCAGUGCACAUGAGAUUGUGGAGUCACUGCGAGAGCUUGGUGUUCAUAUGUCCCUUCAGCAGGCUGAAAGAGUUCUUAAAAGCAUGGACAAAAAUGGAACAAUGACCAUUGACUGGAAUGAAUGGAAGAGGUACCCCUCACAGCAGCCUACAGAGAACAUUCCAGAAAUCAUCCUCUACUGGAAGCACUCCACAAUCUUUGAUGUGGGUGAGAACCUGAUGGUGCCAGAUGAGUUCACCACAGAGGAACACUUGACUGGCAUGUGGUGGAGGCACCUGGUGGCAGGUGGAGGUGCUGGAGCCGUAUCCCGGACAUGCACUGCCCCACUGGAUCGCCUCAAAGUGCUAAUGCAGGUGCAUGGUUCUCGUAGCAACAACAUGUGUAUCAUGAAUGGGCUUACCCAGAUGAUCAAGGAGGGAGGUGUGAGGUCAUUGUGGAGAGGAAACGGCAUUAAUGUCCUCAAAAUUGCCCCUGAGUCUGCCCUCAAGUUCAUGGCUUAUGAGCAGAUCAAGCGUCUAAUGGGCAGUAGUAAUGAGACUUUGGGGAUCACAGAGCGCUUUGUGGCUGGCUCUCUGGCAGGGGUCAUUGCCCAGAGCACCAUCUACCCCAUGGAGGUUCUCAAAACCCGCCUAGCUUUGAGAAAGAGUGGGCAGUAUUCAGGCAUCUCAGACUGUGCCAGGCAGAUCCUGAAGAAGGAGGGAGUGGCAGCCUUUUACAAAGGCUAUGUACCUAACAUGUUAGGCAUCGUCCCUUAUGCUGGCAUCGAUUUGGCAGUUUAUGAGACUCUGAAGAACACCUGGUUGCAGCGGUACGGUAGAGACAGUGCAGAUCCUGGUGUUUUUGUUCUUCUGGCUUGUGGUACACUCUCCAGCACAUGUGGCCAGCUAGCCAGCUACCCCCUGGCUCUAGUACGAACACGCAUGCAAGCACAAGCUACAGUGGAGGGCACUCCACAGGUCACCAUGUCCGGGCUUUUCAAACAGAUUGUGAAGACUGAAGGUCCUUCAGGCCUCUACAGGGGCAUGACUCCUAAUUUCAUGAAGGUCAUCCCUGCUGUAAGCAUCAGCUAUGUGGUGUACGAACACAUUAAAUCCACACUGGGUGUACAGUCAAGAUAAAAUGAAAGGACUAUGCUUUGGAAUAAGGUUAAAACCAUAAGUAAUAAUGCCUUCACAAGGAGAAGAAGAGGCUGUGAGCUGGAACAGUUAGUGGGCAGAAAUCUCAGGGCUGUGAACCUGAGACUGUGAAGAAGCUAUCUCAUUCUGUGAAUGUGACAAGGGCUACAAGCUGUGUUUGCAGACGGAAGACACCCAAGGUGGAUAAAAUGAACUGUUAUGUUAUUUAAAAUGCUUUGAUAAGUUUGAUAGAUCACUUAAGUAAAUGUUGUCCAAAUCUGAAAUCAGGGACCAGGUUUUUGGCUGCUUGCUGGAUGAAAGCUAUUGCAGAGAUAAUGGGCUGAGUGCCUUUUACAAAGUGCCACUGGAGUAAUGAGGGGGGAUUAUGCUCACCUUUAUCAUAAACAAUUGUAUGUCAGUAUGAUUCAAAGCAAAGCAGACUGUGAUAUUCACUAUUAUAUUACCCUUUUUUGCAGUAUAGUGUCCAAAGGACAGUGAAGGAUAAUUUAUUUGUCACACAACACUACAAGACAUCCUGUUUUUUUGUUUUUUGUUUGCUUUUUUAAGUUAAUAGCAGGUUGAAUUAAUAUUGCAUGUACUCCUAAUGCUGCUAAUUAAUGACUAAAGUAAUGUCGUGAUGUAUUUAUGUACGUAGAUGAACCAUUUAUUUAUGUUUGUGGUGCUUGACUGGAAUUAUGCUAUUCAGAGUCCAGAUUCAGAAUAAGUUCAGUGUGCUUAUUUUCAGCAUUCCCAUUUAUGGGUUUUAAUGGUAACUGGAUACAGCUGUACCAAUUAUGCAUUAGUCUUAGCUUUUGCAUAAGCCUAUGUGAUGUGCAAAGAAAACCUCCCUUAAUUUCUGGCUCUAUCUAUGUACCCUGUCUUGUAAGUUUGAUUGGAAAAUGAAUGCACUUUAAUUGCUUGUCACUUUUGAAUGAAUGUGUUCAUGAAGAAUGGCAAUUCACUAAUCACUUGGUAUCAGGGUUUUAAAAAAUUGUUAGGGACCAUUUUUGUUCAAAAACACUCAGUAUUGCAUUAAUGGUGGGGUUCUGUGCAUGACAGUUGACCAGUAUUAAAAAGGUUAGCACAAAAUUAGCCUAUACACCAGUCAGGUAGUUGUGGUGGUUGCUUUUGAAAGUUAAUUGGUUUGUUCUCAUUUCUUGGAUGUGAACAUGAGAGGGAAUCAGCAUGUGCUUCAUUGGAGUAGCACAUGAGUAACACUGAUUGAAGGCACUACAACAUGUUCAGUGGUUUUCUUUUUAUUUUUAUAAAGGUCUGAAGUUUAAUUCAGUAAACACUUGUCUAUUUAUGUUUCCCACUUUUAUACUCUCACUCUACCUGCUGAAGAAGUCAUGAGUACGAUUCAGGCCUUUUUGACAUUAACAAUGAGACUGGGUAAACUUAGAUUUUGUGAAAAGUGAGUGUGAAUGUGUAAAAUGUCAGUGAGAAUGCCUGUUAAAUACUUGAACAACCAAUAAAAUGUUUCUAUUUUGUAACCUGA